AUGGCUUCCUCUCCUACUUCCACCGCAUGGAAUAAGUUGCUACAAUUCCACAUGGAUUCCAGUGAUGACUCAGACGAUUUAGUGAUUGUUUUAUCGGCAGAAUCGCAGUCUAGUUUACAAGAUUUCCUCGUUAGGGUUCUUGAAGUAAAGGACGGAAAAUCUAGCCUUGCAUCAAUUGGCUAUUAUCACAAGAAGUUUGACAUUGGAGGCGAAGAAGAACUUGGCCGGCAAACGCUAGUACACAUCUAUACAGUUUCAUGGCCAUUAACGGCCUCAGCCGUGGAUUUACUGUCCGUGUUUAUAAAUUCGGAGGUGGAUGCUGUUCGGUGGGUAUUUCUUUUAGAUUGGAUACAAGGCAACCAUAAGCUCUGGCUGCGUGGUGUUUGUGACAGCCUCGAGGCAUUACGGAACAAGCUCGCACGAAACAUAGGAGGUUUGGAUUUUUGCACGAUAGUUGGGAUGCAAGCCCACGUUUGCGGGGACUUGGAACUUGCGUCCUCAGACUGGGAUUCAAUAAAGAUGGAGUUUAUGAACCAAUCAUUGAGGUCAUUGGCCCUUUUGAAAAGUGUCUCUCUGUUAUCUUUUGAAGACACAACAUCGGCCAAGGACACACUUGAAAUGCGAAAAGUAGUACUGGGCCUUAAGUCCAAAAAGACCCCAGAGUUUAUUGCCAUGAAUAAGCUCUUUGUGCCUCAAGGGUCAGACUCCGAGGGUAAAAUAAAGACGAUGGGAGAAGACUUCCCCGUCAUGCAGGCCGACCAGCUGUCUUUCAUAGAGAAGCAAUUCGAGCGCAUUAUUCCGGGAAGGCGUCAAGGAGAGAGAGUUUCUAAGGAUAGAUACAACAUGAAAGACGCCAAGAAAAUUACAGAGAUCCCCGACAUUGAUAUUCAGACAGAACUAGCAGAAAUUUAUCAACUACAAAAGUCUUCUCUAUUAAAGUCGAUGACCAGUCAAAAAUCAACACUCGAGUCUCUCGAACCCAGUAGCACGCCUGAUACUUGGCAAAAUGAUUCCUGA